AUGUCUCUUUUCCAGCGCAUUCCCAAGCCACCAGGCACGCCGCCAUCGCCGGCGGCGCCACGCGCAGAAUUGGUGCUGCCUCUGCGCAACGCCCACGUGAUGCAGUGCAUUCAGAUGCACACCAAGAGGUACACGAGAUCGAUGGUGCUCACGGUCGGGUACGACCAGUACCUGCUGCAGGAUGAGACGGACGAAGGCGCCAAGCGGUGGCUGAUGAACAUCCAGAAUAUUAUCUACAAGCUGGGUCCUCCAAUGCUGGAAGACUUCCACUCCCCGCAGUAUACAAGCAGCAAUACAGACCUGGAAAGCCUGGGCAGGACCCCCCCAGCGGCCCGCCACGCCACAAGGAACAAACACAAAGGUUGGUCCCACAAAUAUUCCUAGCGUACCCCAAGGCACAGUUUUAUGCCCAGCGCGACUUUGUCAAAGGCCUUCCAGAGAUCUCUGAAGAUGGGAAGAGGUAUAUUUUGAAGUGAGUAUUUGAUUGAUGUAUAAUUUU